AGUACCACGGGAACGUGCCGGCCGACGGGCCCACCGACCAACCGCCGUCGACCGUUCACCGUCGACAGUCGAGAGAGGUGUGCUGACAGGGCAGUGGCGCGCUGGACCUGAAACACAUCGGCACGUGCCCAGAAAACAGCGCUGCAAACACAUCAGCAGCUGUACCACAGCCAGUGAUCACCAAGGCAGAAACGGAAACGGCAGAGGCGGUUUUUCUGACGGCGCAGGACGGCAGAAGAAUAACAACGAACAAAACCAGCUCGACUUCUGGCAGAGGCAAUAUAUCUCCCGGUGUAACAGUACCAACAGGAGCAACGGCAGAAGACUGUGAGUCAGCCUUCAGUGCAGAUGCGACCCUGAUACAAUCGUAACGUGCCAUCACGAACAUCUCACCACGACCUCAGCCGUGAACGCAUUACUGUUUCGUCGUUCGUGACGGUGACCGUGAAGGUGUCGUGAGGGAUCCAUGUCGCUUUCGUGACGAGUCCGUGACGAGUGCGUGACAUUGUCGUGACAGGACCGUCCUGGUGUUCAGUGACGUCACGAGGCCGGAAGUAGUGACGCGGCUAGGAAUGUGAUGCGGUGAUCGGUGUGUGGAGAGACAUGGAGGUCGUCGUGAGAUCGUGCAUCUUGAUCGCGAUAUUUGGCACGGUGAUCGGAGCGGUAACAGGCUACUCGGACGUGCACAUCUCGCGGGUGCGGAUGCCGGCCGUGGUGUUGAACGGCUCCCUGCCCAGCGUGGUACUGGACUGUGACUACGAGCUGGAGACGGCCGACCGGACCGCCGCCGGCCUGGUGGUCAAGUGGUACCGUGACCGCAGCCCGGCGCCCGUCUACCAGUGGAUCCCCGGUCACCGGCCGCAGGCGUUCGGCGCGCUCAGAGGGCACGUCAACCUGGGCCAUGUCGUUAGCGACGACCCGCUCAAGGUGCAUCGCGCCGUGCAGAUAGUGCGUCCGACGACCCAAAUGUCCGGUGACUACACCUGUCGGGUCACCACCUGGAGGGGGGUCGACUCGGCCACCAAGAAAAUGGUCAUCUACGCGCCGGCCCAGUGGAUGAACCUCACCAGCACCAAGCCGGCGCGACACCAGGUGAACAUCACGUGCCUGGUGAACGGAGUCUACCCCGAACCCGUGGUCGACAUCUUCGUAGGAAGCUCACAAAGCAACAGGCGGCGGAUGCGCGGUCUGCGCGUGGAGAAGUCGUGGAAGGACGGCGCGUACACGGUGCGCGUGCAGAAACUCGAGGAGGACCGGCACCUGCCCCCGGAGGCGGUCAUCGAGUGCGUGCUCACGCUGCCCGACACAGACUACCGGCGCAGCAGGAGGAUCAUGUACUUCCACGGCACUGCACCACAGUCGCUGGCCUCAGUUCGCGGAGCACCAUCGGCACCAGAACCAGGCAGAUACAGUCUAAGUGGUUCAUCCAGUGCAGUAUCUCCCCUCGGGUUCCUGACGGGCCUCUGUUUGCUCUGGAGUCUCGGAAUCAGUCUACGACUUCCCACCUAGACGCACCCACCAGCCUUUAAGGGCGUGGGUCACGUGUCAUACGGGAAGUUUGUGAAGAGGCCACCGCGGCUCUAGUCAACGCUGAAUGUGACUGUCGUUAGAACAAGAGGGUAGUUACAGGAAACGGUGGUCUUCCAGGACAUGUGUGUUAUCGUGUAUUGAAAGAUAUAAUUCAUUUUCGUCUUCACCUGAACGUCAAGCACAAUGUUAAUUAGAUUUGUUCAAUAUAGCAUUUUGUAUUGACAUUUGCACCAUUGAUUCUGCUACUCUAUGGCUAAGUUAAACAAUCAUUUAGCUAGCUCUAUACAAGGAACGAAAUAUGUAUUUUGUCAACCGUUCUUAUGCUAAUGUGAAAAUAUUUAAUGAUAGUAAUACAUGCAUUAUAUAGGAACA